GACAGAUUCGCCGCGCGAGAACUGCAGCGCGUCGUUAAAUUAUAUACCACGGCGCUGUACACGACAUAUACCACGACGCUAUACCACGGUGCCGCACACGACCUGGUAUUAUAUUUUAUGAUAUCGUACCGCGUAUACACCGCACCGGAGAACGAUGCCGAACGCCUGCAGCCACCGCAGCGGCCGCCGAAGCGAUAGCACGGGCGCGGCCGCGAUGCUGUGCCGGGCGGUGGUCUCCGCGGCCUGCUGCUUGCUGCUGGUGGCCGGCCCGUGGACGCCGCCGCCGGUCGGCGGCAUGAGGGUGUUGGCCGUGGAAACGAUCGCGGGCAAGAGCCACUGGAACUUCAUGCGGGCCGUGCUCCGGGCGCUCACCGACGCCGGCCACACGGUCACGGUGUUCACGCCGUUCCUGGACGGCGGCCGGGACAACUACACGGAGGUGGACAUAUCUGCGGCGUUCCGCAUGAAACUGGACGUGGACAUGGCCGAGGUGAUGGAGAAGCUCGUCGAGCCGUCGUCCAUACUGCCGCUGAUCGUCACCGUCAGCCGGUCGCUGUGCGACGCCAUAUUCUUGGACGACCGCAUGAAGGCAGCGAUGCGGCCUCCCGCCGACCGCGACGCGGGUUACGACGUGGUCAUCGUCGAACCCAUGGGCUCGGAGUGCGUCUCGCACGCGGCCACCGUGCUGGGGCUGCCACUGGUGUUCGUCGUCCCGUCGCCGAUGAUAAGCUACCACGAGGGCUCGUUCCUGGGACACGUCCCGAACCCGGCCGUCGUGUCCCACGUGAUGGCCGACCACGCGGUGCCCAGGACGUUCGUCCAGCGGUUCAGCAACGCUGUCCUGUUGGCGUACAGUGUGUUCGUCGUCCGGUACACCGAGUGGUCGCUGAAGCGCGCCGAUGCGCCAAGAGCGUACGACAUCCUGGCGCCCGUCCGCCCGUCAGCGGUGUUUGUCAACAGCCACUUCGCUACCGAAGUCUCCAGGCCUGUACCACCGAACUUCGUACACGUCGGCGGACUGCAUUUGGAAAAGCCGAAGAGCUUGCCGGCUGAUAUUUUAGAAUUUAUCGACGAGUCCCCGAAUGGGGUGAUUUACUUUACUUUUGGUUCAGUGGUGAAAAUGUCAUCGAUGCCGGAUUAUAUUGAAAAAUCAUUUAAAGAAGCAUUAGCUCAAGUCCCUCAAAGAGUUUUAUGGAAAUAUGAAGGUCAAAUGGAGGACAUACCACCAAACGUGAUGAUAAAAAAAUGGUUUCCUCAACGUGACAUACUUUUGCACCCUAAAGUGAAAUUGUUUAUCAGCCACGGAGGUAUAUCCGGAGUUUAUGAGACUGUGGACGCUGGCGUUCCAGUUCUUGGAUUUCCAUUGUUUUAUGAUCAGCACAGAAAUAUUGCCAAUUUAGUUGACGCUGGAAUGGCGAUUUCCAUGGAACUAUUAUCUGUGUCUACAGACAGGGUUUUAAAUUCUAUUUUGGAACUCAUUAACGACGAAAAAUACUCGAUAAAUGCUAAAAUCACUUCUGAACGAUUUAAGGACCGGCCGAUGUCACCAGAAAAAUUGAUUGUUUACUGGACGGAGUACAUACAUCGUCACAAUGGAGCCCCACAUUUGAAAUCACAGGCUCAUAACCUAACGUGGUAUCAGUACUUUCUGUUAGACGUGAUUGCAGCAGUAUUAAUUUUAAUUUUAACAAUUGCAUUCUUUAGCUUUACCAUUUUUACAAUUAUUUAUAAAUACAGUCUGAAACAUUUAUACAAUUUUAAACCGAAAUCUGAGAAAUUAUCUUAGUUUUAAUCUCCCGUCCACGUGGUACGCUUGUCGCUUGUACUCACACAAUAACAUUGACUAUUUAUUUAUGUACUAAAAUUGAUCGUGUAUUGUUAUAAUUUAUUAGAGAAAAUAAUAUUUUAAAUUUCAAAAAUGAAACUUACAAUUUUUAACGGUAAAUACAAUUUA